UGAGUACGCUACGCGUACGGCACGGUGCGUAGCGCAUGUGUCGCACUGUGCGUUACGCGGAACGUCAUACGCGUCAUACGUAUACAAUGCGGUAUCGGCAUACGGAGUAUUACUGGCUCGUUUGACGAUUCUCUCGUUCGCGUUCGCGAUAGUCACACGUUGGCGAAGUGUUAUAAUAUCUCGUCUCCUCUUCUCUCCCUCUCUCUCUCUCUCUCUCUCUCUCUCCGCGGCCUGGCAUGAAAUGUCAAGCGUCCUGCGUUACCAUGGGCUGAAUCUCGACGUGCUGUCAGAUAUCGCGCGAAGAGGCGAGAGGACCGCGUACCCGGGGGGAAGUAUUCGAGAGUUGGAGCGACAGAUUCAAGAGACGGGAAGGCCGGAGUGAAAGUGGAAGUAAAGUCGCUCGUUCGGGUCUCUUUUCCCCCUUUUCCGUCGUAAACGUAUUUUCCCAGCGGACGGGGACGGAACAAAGGCCCGCGACCACGAGUCACGAGAAGGCGACCCAUCAUCGCGCCGACCCGUGCCGAUGUUCGAUCGCCAGCGAUGGAGCCCGAGGAGCCUCUCAUGCAGGGGAUACUGCUGCUACCGCCGCAAGGAAUGCUAGGCCAGCUCAAGAAAACCUGGCACAAGAGAUUCUGCCAGCUUUUCAGAACGAGUAACUACGGGAUCAAACGCGUCGAGAUUUAUGACAAUCAGGAAGAAGCGAUAAUGCAGUCCCAUUCUCCACGCAUCAUCACGCUGGAUGCCUGUAUAAAAAUUGCACCCAGCAAUCAGUCGCAUGUCUUUACUGUAGUGACUAAAUCAGGAAUACACUAUUUUGGCUGUUACUCGGAAAUUGAGAUGACUCACUGGAUCACAGCGUUUCAAUUAGUCGCAUUCAAGGACAGUGUAUCGAAUCAAAUCGAAGAAAAUAACGAUCUGUAUUGUACUAGUGGAGAAGGUGUAUUUUCCGUGAAAGUUGUAGAAACGGAUGCGUCUAAGCGGUGCGGAUUGGAAGCAAGAAACUAUACUUUGGUUGUUGCCGCCGUGGACAUGAAGCUGAUGGACGGUGAUGUUGUUCUAUUCACAUGGCCAUACAGGUAUAUCAGGAGAUACGGAUAUAGAGAUGGAAAGUUCAUCUUCGAGGCCGGGAGAAAGUGCGAGUCCGGCGAGGGAUCCUUUCGCCUGGAGCAUGGUAGCCAACAGGAGAUCUUCCGAUGUAUGUAUGCCAAAAUGAAGUCCAUGAAGAAACUGUUGGACGAAGAAAGUAAUCCAAACAUAGAAUGCAACGACACCCAAUUCCAGGCAGCCUUAUCUAUGGAGCCUGGCUCUAGAGCGGCUUUACCACCCUCUUCAAACAAUUCUAGCAAUUUGAUUGAUAUAGAUUUUUCUACGCAAAGUUCUCAGAAGCCCUUGACUUCGUCAUCGAGUAUGGAUUCUACAAUCUCAUCGAAUAGGUCGAUAAAUAAGUCCAAGCCCGCCAAACCACCACGAAAAUACGUCUUCCCUAAUCUGCUCGAGAAAAAAUGUCUCGACUCGACAGAAUUUCUAGAUUUGCCUACAUGCGGAGAAUAUAGAACUAUAAGUCAAGGUAAUUCUCCGGAAUUAUCUCAUAAGAGUAUCAGCAGUGUUAUGCGCGAGAACGAGGAGAAACACUCAUACGAUUUAGUGGAAAUUAGGAAUGACGCUUGGAAGACGCACGGUAUCGAUAGCGUACAUCAUACAGAAAGAAUAAAUUCGAGUCUACCUAGCGAAAGAGAUAAGGAGAACGAUAACGACGAUUUGCAAUAUGAAAUUAUGAUGCCGAUACGGAAUCACGAUGCAUUCCAAAAUUCAUGCAAAAGUAAAUGCAGCGAUAACGCAAUUGUCACGCCAUCGGCGAUACAAAGUGUCGCCAAGACAGACGAAUCGGAUUACGAUAAAUUAGAACACUUUGGAUCCGCGACGAAACUUAAUCAGAAGUCUACGUACAAGUAUACGAAUUCCUCGCAAAGCAUACAUUCCAACGUCUCUCACGGGGAAAGUUCUAAUCUUGUUAAUCCGACGUGGUCUAAUUACGAGCUCGUCGAAGAUAUGUCCGCUAUCAGGCUAGCCGACGACAGCCAUCUCGGUUAUGGAAUUAUCCGGAAAAAGCCGGAUCUUUCCGAUACAACUUCCACGGGUAAUACCGCGGGUGGUCCACAGCAUAAAGUUUUCAACAACAGCGAAUAUGCAAUUGUAUCGAAACCAAAAAGGGUGUAAAAUACCCAUUGAGAGGAUACAUUCGAGUAUCCUUUCAAAACAUGACGACCAUGCCACAAAAAUUCGCUUCUACAAAAUUCUUACCUUUUUGUAAUUAUUUGUAAGGAUAUGAAGAAUAUGCUAGUCUACACCGCGUGUGGUGAGAAUAAAAGUAUUUCUCUUGCUUUAUAGAAUGAUUGACACGCGUUGCAAAAUGAUAAAAAUAAUUUCAUUAUUUUCGCAU